AAAUCAAGGGCUCUAGAACUAUCUCUCUCCUUCGCCAUUAUCUCCGGUCACUGUCGCAAUAUAUACCUCAAAUUCUCGACGCUCCUCGGCUCGAAGCCUCGAACUACUCCGUAAACCCCCAAAUUCAUCGUUUGAAACCCUAGAAAUCUCCAAUUUCCCCUCAAUCGGUCUCCAACCAAGCCCGCUGAUGGCAAUACUCUCGGACUUCGAGGAGGACGACCAGAGAAAGCCGUCGUCGUCGGCGCCGGCGAGGAAGCCGUUCAGCGCUUCCCUCGAUCCGUCGGAUCCGCUGGGGUUUCUGGAGAAGGCCUUCGAGUUCCUGGCCAGGGAGAGCGAUCUGUUCAGGAGCGACUCGCUGGUUAUGGACGUCAACGCGGUAGUGAGGAUGGUGAAGGAUAAGGUGGAUGCGGAGGAGAAGAGGAGGAGAGAGGCGGAGGCCAAGGCGGCGGCGCCGCCGCCGCAGGCGAAAAAAGAAGAGGCUGUGAAGGAAGUGGUUAUGGAGGAGAGGAAGAGCGAGAGUAAAGUGGAAGUGGAUGAGAAGGGGCGUCGAGCUCCAAACAAGAUCAAUGGCCUUGACCUGGAUACUCACUCAUGGGGUCAGUCUUUGCAAGAGGUUAACGUUACUGUUCCAGUUCCUCCUGGAACUAAAUCUCGAUUCAUUGCAUGUGAGAUUAAGAAAAAUCAUCUCAAAGUUGGGCUCAAAGGUCAACCCCCGAUUAUUGAUGGGGAGCUUUUUCAGCCCGUCAAAGUUGAUGACUGCUUUUGGAGUUUGGAGGACCAGAAAUCCAUCUCCAUUCUCCUGACAAAACAAAACCAGAUGGAAUGGUGGAAAUACUUGGUGAAAGGUGAGCCAGAGCUCGACACACAGAAAGUUGAACCGGAAAACAGCAAAUUAGCCGACCUCGACCCGGAGACCCGUUCGACUGUUGAGAAGAUGAUGUUUGACCAAAGGCAGAAGCAAAUGGGACUCCCAACAAGCGAUGAGAUGCAGAAACAGGAAAUACUGAAGAAGUUUAUGGCAGAGCAUCCGGAGAUGGAUUUCUCAAAUGCUAAGAUCAGCUAAGGAGUUCGUUGGCCUUUCUAUUCGAGUCUUUUAAGAGUACAUAGGCUAAAAUGGAAAUUAUGAGGUUGUGUUCUAUUUGGCUCUGGUUUUGAUCUUUUUUUUUUUUUAAGCGUUGUUAUAAGCUUCUGAUUCAUGGAUUUUCUGUUGUGUGCUUAUUUUCUUUGUUUUGUUAAAUGGUUGCUUGGAUUAAGACAUUAUGGUACUUAAUGUUUUGGAUUACUGCUUAGCUUUUGGAACAAUGGAUGUCUCUCACACGAUGGAAAGAAUGAAAGCUUAUAUUAUGAGUUAGAAGAAACAAGCUUAUGUUAUGGUACUUAAUG